AUUGGGUAAUCUUAGUCGGAAUCAUUAAUUUUUAAAUAUUUCGAACAUUUCUCAACAAUUUUCAACAGCUUCUAUCGGUGGUUUUUUAAUUAGCACUUUUUUACAAAAGCGGAGACAGUAUUGACAGUCUUAAACGUUAUAAUGAUUAGUCUAAUAAUAGAAAACUUUCAUGCAAGCUGUUCACGAAUAUUCAUCAGUCGGUCCAUAGGAACUAUGKUCGGUCGCUAUAGAAUCACAAAACAACAGCCAUAGUUUAGUGUCAGUCGAAAAGUUUCGGGAAUGGAACGUGUACAAAACAGUGAAUCCUCUUUGGACGAACUUUUGGAUCGGCUUACACAUGAAGAAGAGAGGCCUUCUGAAUCCUUCAAGACGGUUCAGUGUAUUUUAAAUGUGUUGCUAUCGGCAAUGGCUCGUUACUAUCCUCCUAUUUCCUUUCAGUCAAUUGACGAAARCAGCUUUUUUGUCGCUAAAAGCAGUACACGAUUUGAAAUUGUUGUUUGUCUUAAACACUUAAAAUCGGCUCAAGUGAGUGUGGAGGAAAGCAGUCUUCCUCUUGGUCUAGCAAUGGUGAGGAUACCCGACAUUUCGCAUGGGUAUAACGCAUGGAAGAACUUUUGCGUUCGUUCUCGAUUUGGAAAGGAGUACCUGUCUCCAAAUUUCCUUCGCUCAUCGAUCUCGAAGCUCCUAAGCAAGCUUGUUAAUGAUAUAGAGAAUGUGCGUCAUGAUUUUCAUAUCACAGAUGGCAUUAAAAUCGUGAAUAGAUCUACCGUAGAUUGCUUGUCGAUAGACAUUCACACCAGCAGUGUCUGUUAUAAUAUCGAUCUUCUUCCCGCUAUUGAGUGUGCUGGGGUGUGGCCCACGUGUGCGCGCAAUUGGCGCACGGUGAAAUCGUUUCUGCAGAGAGAAAAGACAAAACGAAUACUACAGUCAGGCGUCCACCUUAUAGCGAAACCCGCUCGAAUUGGYUUCCAUUGGAGAAUCUGGUUCAGCGUCGCAGAGGCGUUGAUGAUGCAAUUCGAUGAAUUCCCUUGUAAGAGACAAUCUUUACGACUUUUCAAGAAGGUGGUAUUUGGCCAUCUCGGCUGUGUGUUUUUGAGUUCAUAUCAUCUUUAUACAAUCCUUUUGCAUGAGAGUGGGCGGUUUCCAGAGCAGGAGCAAUGGUGUUAUUCUCAGCUUCACCAACGUGUAAGAGGCCUUUUACUUCGACUGUACCASUGUCUCACAACAGCAUACUGUCAACAUUUUUUCAUUACGUCGCUGAAUCUUUUCCGAGGAAUKAGCAGCAGUGCGCUGGAAGAAUUUGCAAAGCGAUUGAAGGAAUUAUUAUCCAACSAUGAAAAACUUGAUGAAAAAGACGGCGAUUCAUCUACAGCAAGAGUAUGUGUGUAUGAGACUAACCUUACAUCUAGUGAAAUCACCGUCAAUACUACCUGGUUUUAGUUGUUUAAAGUAACAAUGCAAUGAACUACGCAUCUCUCUGACCUCUCAUUGCUGUCGAAAAGAAAGGGAUAAUACCAAUCCAAUGUUGAACUAUAAGUGUUGUUUAUAGAACGAGAGUGCGUGUUUAAUCGGGAUAUUUAGAUUCGAGCCGCAAGCGAGAAUCUAUAAACCCGAUAAAACACGCACUCGAGUCCAGAACUUGUUAUCAUUUUAGAAAAAAGMUAAAAAAUGCGAAAACAGUGAUUAUGCAUAUUGAACUUCUCUUGAGUAUGUGCAUGUGCCACARUUGAAAGAAUUUUGAUGCCACACGAAAGAACGGCUAGUCUAGCUAUAGUGCAUGUCGGCGCAUUGAUUCAAACUGAUUUAAAACCUAGCAAAGGUCUAU